AUGUCUGAGAAAUUGUUUCAUUUGAAUAAAUUAGAAUUAACUCCUUCUUUAAUGAAGGAAAAAGAUACAGUUUCAUUACAUGAUAUUUUUAAUACUCCAGGAGAAAUAUAUUCAGUAACUCUUACUACAUUUGUUUUUGACCUUCAAUGGCUAUUUGAUGAAUUACCAAUCUUAACAAGAAUUCCUGUUCAGUUCGUCCAUAAUGGAACUCUCAAUUAUUUUGACCAAUUGCUUAUUCAAGAAUAUAAAGACUUUGAAACAUUCAGUGUUCCUUUAAAAAAAGGGUGUCAUCACGUCAAAAUUAUGAUAAUAUUAUAUGAAGGUGGUCUCCGUUUUGUUUUGUCAACAGCAAACCUUAUUCCACUUGACUAUAAUCUCAAGUCUCAAGGAAUAUAUAUCAAAGAUUUUAAACCUUCUGAAUCAUCAACAGUUCUCAACGAAAAAGGAGCUCAUUUCUUAACAACAUUACAAAGUUAUUUCACUUCGGUUAAUGUUACUAUUUCAUAUCUUUCUGACUUUGACUAUUCUACUAUUGAUGGAUGGCUAUUAUUAUCAAUUCCAGGGACUCAUAAAGGGAAUGACCUAAAUAAAUAUGGAAUGAAACAAGUAUAUGACAUCCUUAAUAAUAAACUUCAUGUUCAAUUUACUAACCAUUGUACUAUUGCUGCACAAGCGUCUUCUUUAGGACUUUUUACUAACCAGUACAGAAGAGAGCUUUCACUCUGUUUAACGAACCAACCUGAAUCAAAAUUUCAGAUUAUAUGGCCAACAGAAGAUUUUAUUCGUACGAGUGAAACAGGAUAUCAUGGAAGUUGUUCAUUCUUUCUACGAAGUAAUUUUGUAAAAACCUGGGAAAAUUACUUUUAUAAAUUUCUUCCUCCAUUUCCAAGACAUCUUAUUCAACCUCACAUUAAAACAUAUGUCAUUUAUGAAGAAGACAUUCCUAAAUAUGGUAUUUUAACGUCUUCAAAUAUUUCUGGUGCUGCUUGGGGAAAACCAACAAAUUCUACACUAGAAAUAAAUAACUAUGAAAUGGGAAUGUUAUUCAUUGACAAUUUCACAUUAACUAGAUUUCCAUUACCAUAUGACAUUAAACAAUCAACAAAAUAUUCUUCAACUGACAUUCCAUGGAUUAAUGAUAUAGAUCAUGAAGUGAUUGAUAUAGAUGGUUAUGUAAUAAAAGAUAAUAACUUUAUCAAAUUGGUAUAA